GCAUUGCACAAACCAGUAGCGUAUCAUAUUCAAAAGCCAUGGCAGUUUUGCAAUAUUUAUCAUCAUUUCCUGAUGAAUUGAGUCAGAAAGUAUCCACAAAUUCAGACUCACUAUUAGUUGCAUUAAAAAAGCUCAAUGCACAGUCCUGUUGGCUACCAGUAGCAAGUAAACAUCCUCAUGAAUAUCCUUCCUGUUUAGAGUGGAAAGGCUCAAAGUAUCAGUUUUGUUUAGCUUCAGCUAAAUCUAUUGCUAAUCCAUUGAUGUUAGUAUCAGAAGACCUUGCUUCAUCUCAUUUACCAUUAAUAGCAGGCUCUCAAGCCUUUUUUGUUCAAGGAGUUCCAGUUCAACUCAUGGAGCAACUGGGAAGAUCUCAAGCUCUAAUAACAGCCAUUGCAUCUCAUUUUAAUGAGGUAAUUAAGAAUGAACAUAAAAUACAUAAAAAUCUUUUAUCAAAAAUUUCCAUCGAAACAUAUACCUAUUUAAAAAAGAAUAAACUGUUUUGCAGUGCAAAUACUUUUGCUGCUUUUGAUAAUUGGGUAUUUAUUGAAAACAAGUUUUUAAGCCCACAGCAAAUAGCAAUAGAAGCUAAUCCUACCUUUGAAGCAAAUUUGGAACCAUUUGUUUAUGUAUUACCAAGUAAUUUGUCAGAUUUUGCAGAUAUCUUUUCCUUACUUGGCAUAAAUCAUCAAGUAACACCUCAACAGAUUUUUGGCAUUCUUCAUUCAAUAAAAUCUGCUACUCAUGAUCAAAUAACUGCUACAAAAGCUUGGACAAUAGUCACAGCUAUACUAGAAUGGCUAGCAGAAGAUAUCAAUAGAAUUGGUGACGGCGAUGUUCUUGUACCAGUUGAGAGUAAGUCCUUUUUUCCUAAUCUUAUUCCUGUUCAAGAGGUAUCCUAUACCAAUAAUGAAGUGCUUUGUAAUAUUGCUAAUGCUUCGGGUGAGGAGUAUCAUCUAAUACAUCCCAAAGUGUCUCAUUUGUCAGCAGAGCUGGGAAUAGCUCCACUAAGUGAUCAACUUAACAUAACUGAAGAUAUAUUUGAAGAUGCUGGUCAACAUGAACCAAUAACAACUCGUCUUAGAAAUAUUCUAAAAGAAUAUAAAGAUGGUUUGACUAUUAUAAAGGAGAUGAUUCAAAAUGCUGAUGAUGCUGGGGCAACUGAAGUCAAUAUAUUAUACGACAAUCGAACACAUUCAACUAAAAAUUUAAUACUUAAAGGAAUGGCAGAUAGUCAUGGUCCAGCAUUGAUAGUACACAACAAUGGUAGUUUUACUAAAGAAGACUUUGAAAACAUAACCAAACUGGCUGGUGCUACUAAAGCUAACCAGCCACUUAAAAUUGGUAAAUUUGGUAUUGGUUUUUGUUCAGUGUAUCACAUCACUGAUGUACCUUCCUUUGUUAGUGGCAAGUGGUUGUAUAUAUUUGAUCCAACACUUCAAUUCCUGAAAGGUGUAGUCCAUGAUCAAAGCAAACCUGGUAAAAAAAUAAAGUACCAGCAGUCAAGGAUUUUUUCUAAUUGUCAGGAUUUGGUGCCUUAUGAAGGUUUAUUUGGCUUCAGUUCUUUAUCAGACUAUGAAGGGACAAUGUUCAGGUUUCCUUUUAGAACAAGUUCCAGUCAGAUUAGUUCUACAGUUUACAAUGAACAUCUUGUAGAAGAUAUAAAAAGAGAUUUAAUUGAGUGUGGUUCUAAAUUAUUGCUCUUUUUGCAGCACGUGAAGCGCAUCACAUUUAGUUCACUGAGAGGCAAUGAGAAAAUCAUUGAAGUCUCAAUUGAUGUUAGUAGCAGUAGUAAUGAUGAUAUUCACGAAGUUGUGAUCAAGUCACCACAUAAUGGAAGUGGUACUGAACAUUGGUUAAUAGCUAGUCAAGAAGAGCAGUGGCGAUACCAGAAUAACAUAGAACCAGCUGUGGCUUCUGUAGCAUGUCAACUUGAUAGAACCAACACAAAUUGUUAUAACUGUAAGGAAACAGAAGGAAAUGCAUUUUGUUUUUUGCCAUUAGCAUUGCCUAGUACUGGCUUACCAGUACAUGUCAGUGCUAAUUUUGCUGUUAUGAGUAACAGAAGUGGUAUUUGGACUGAAGUUUCAUCAGGUACAGUUACUGAUUCAAAAGAACGAUGGAACAAAAACCUAAUGGAAAAAACUAUACCGGAAGCUUAUUGCAAAUUACUUCAAAAAUUGCAAGCAAUGCACUGCUCUGGAACUUUACUUGACUAUGAGUUCCAUAUGUUGUGGCCACUUGCUACAAAUCUACACAUGAAAUAUCCAUGGGUUUUUCUUGUUGCUGGCUUGAUAAAGCUGUUAUCAGAAAAAGAGCUCUUCUACUCAGCUUCAUUAAAUAAAUGGCAGACACUAAAGCAGUCUAGUUUUAUUCCUUCACAGUUAUUCUCAAUAGAUGGUAAGUAUUCCUUUCCUGAAGAGGCUCUUUGUAUUCUUCAAUUACCAGUAGUUUCUUUACCGCCUGGCCAUAUGCAGCAGUUGAAGAUGUUAAAUGAUAGCCUACAUGUUCUUAAUGAAGAUAAUUUUACUAGGUGUUUUUUAUCUAAUAUAAUAUUAUUUGAUGAACACAUACAAAUUCGCAAUCAAGUUAUAUUCCGUAUGUUAUUAGCUAUUGCCAUGUCAGAGCAAAUAGAUUCAGAUGAUUAUGAGAAUGUCAAAAGCAAAAUAAAAAAGUUUCCAUGCAUCCCAUGCUCUCCUAAUGGCAUGAACUUAAAGGUAGCCAACCAACUAAUUGACCCAGUUGUAUUUACAGACAUAUUUGACCCUGAUGAUGCCAUGUUUCCUUUAGCAAGCUUUUGUCAAAAUAAUUUGGGUGAGGGUCAUGUGCUACUGUCUCCUUAUGGACUAAUUUGUAAUUCACGUAGUACAGCAAGAGGCACUGCUCUCAUAGUUGGCUCUCAAAGAGCAAUACUUAAUACUAAUUCUGUCAGUGAUGGAGGUUGUGGCACUAUAGGACAAAGGGUGAUUAAGUUAUUAGAAAUUGCUACUAAGCCAUCAUUUGAUGAAGUUCUGAAACACUUAAAUACUUUGAUUCGUUCAUUUAAACCAUCUGCACCUAGAGUUCAUUAUGAAAUUAUUAAUGAAAUGUGUCGUGAAAUAUAUACUUUUUUUGAUGAAUUACUUGAUAAUCCUUUGCUUCAUGAGUCAUUAUCACAGUAUUACAAUAAACCAUUUAUAUGGACAGGUAAAACUUUUGUUUGUCCAUGGGAUGUGGCUGUUAACUGGAAUUAUCAUGAUGGACCAUAUCUUUACAAGCUGCCAUCAAUGCUUUCUGAAAAAGAUAAACUUUUAAAAUGCCUUGAUAUUAAGAAAGAUUUUAACUAUGAGGACAUAUUGGUAGCUUUUGAGAAAAUGUAUAAAGAAUUUGAGUCACAUCAACUUCAAGAAAGUGUUCGAGAUAUUGCUUUGAGCAUGAUUUCAGAGUUAAAUUCAAUGACCAUUGAUUCAUCUCAAGUUUCAGAUUAUAAGAGAGAUAUUAUACUUAUUGAUAAUUCUUUUACUCUUCGACAAGUCAGCCAAUUAUCCUUUAAUGAUUCACCAUGGCUACCACCAGACAAUGAGAGCUUCUUUGUACACAAUAAACUAACUCGAGAAGUAGCACUGACACUUGGUGUUAAACCCACAUGUAGCAGGUUUUUGAAUAAAUUUGCCCCUCAGUCACAACAAAGUUUUGUUGGGGUUCCCUUUGGUCAAAAGGAAGAACUCACUCGACGUAUUAGGAAUAUACUGCAGGAAUAUCCACUUGAUGCAACAUUUCUUAAAGAACUACUACAAAAUGCUGAUGAUGCUAAAGCUACUAAAAUAAGAGUAAUACUUGACAAAAGACAGCACAAGAAAGAAAAAGUACCUUCAGAAGAAUGGGGAAAAGAAUUACAAGGACCUGCCCUACUGGUAUGGAAUGAUAAGGAAUUUAGUGAUGCUGAUUUGGAGGGUAUUCAGAAGUUGGGUCUUGGUUCUAAGCGUGACGACGAUGAAUCAAUUGGCCAGUUUGGUAUUGGUUUCAAUGUAGCAUAUCACCUGACUGACUGUCCUAGUUUUAUUACUAGAGGAAACACACUUUGUGUAUUUGACCCACACUGCAGAUACAUACCAGAAGCAGAUCACUCCUGUCCUGGAAGACGAUAUAACAUUGAUGAUAACUUUUUAGAAGGUAUGAGUCAUCUUAAAUCCAGCUUUCUUUGGGUUUCAUCAUCUAAUGUUCAUUGGCCUGAUAAUUUAACAACUGGUACUCUCUUUAGAUUCCCAUUACGAACACAAAGUGGACUCCAAUCAACUGAAUUGUUAGACAAAACAGCUUUCAAAAAACACAUUUCUGUCAGUGUAAUGGAAGAGAAGCUCACUAAUUGGGUGAAUGAAAUUGAAGAUGCUCUUCUAUUCUUGAAUCACAUCAAAAAAUUUAGCUUCUAUAUUAUUGAUGAUAAGCACAGCUCAUUAAAGCUGAGCUAUGAAAUAAGUAUUUCACAAGAAGACCAACAACAGAGAGAAGGAUUCCAUCAGAAGCUGCUUUCUUUCAAAACUAGCAAAGAGCCAUUUAUUGUGACAUAUCCAAUACAGCUUACUAUUGUGAAGCCUCAUAAUGAAGAAGUUACUAAAAGAUGGCUCAUUCAAAAUGGAGUUGGUAAUUUAUCAAAAUCUCCAACAGAACAGUUAUCACUUAAUAGAGUUCAGCCAAAGUAUGGCAUUGCAGCUCCUUUGGAUGGAGAUACUCAUAUACAUGGGCAUGUUUUUUGCUUUUUGCCAUUACCUGUGUUUACAAAUCUUCCAGUACAUGUCAAUGGUCAAUUUGCUCUAAAUAACAAUCGUCGUUCACUUUGGAAUGGAGACAAGGAAGACAAUAAGAUAAAAUGGAACAGAUUCAUCUUACAAGCUAUAGCAUAUUGCUAUGCAUUGCUGUUAGACAAAGCUAGACCUUAUUUUAUUUCUGAGUCUGAAAGUUAUUCUUUACGAGAUUUUUCUUCAAUUAUUAACAGUUAUUAUGAUCUUUUUCCUCUACUCAAGAAAGGUGGUGAUAGUGAAAGAUUAGAGGGUGACUGGCAUACAUUAGCUCUUAAUGUAGUGCAACAUCUUUAUGAUCAAAAUACAUCUGUUCUUGCAAUUCAGGUCCUGACAUCACAAAGUAAGGCAAAAGUGGAGUGGCGUUCAUUGGAAAGUGAUAAUGGAUUUACCCAGGUAUACUUUCAGCCUGAGCAUGUUAAGAGUAUAAUACCUGUUGUAAAUAAAAUUCAAAUGUCAGUAACUUGUGCACCUCAUUGUAUCUAUCAAACCUUUAAGAAAGUAUAUCAUCCUCCAAUAAUAAGUCCAAUGUCUGUAUUUUCCUUUUAUACUAAUUUUUCUUCUUUGAUUUUGACAUCUGGUGUACCAGUUAAGCUACAGGAAAGUCCUUUUCAAACUAUUCAAUGCUUUCAAGAAUUUCUUAAAUAUAUUUUAUGUCAUUCCUCUGAGUUUCCAAAAUCUCCUAAUGGCUAUCCACUCUUGCUCACAUCUGAUGAUAUUCUUAGAAAUUUUAAUGAGAACGACCAAGUACUUUAUAGUAGCUAUUUCUCACUUUUUUCUAAAAGUAAAGCUAAGUUCUUGCAUCCAGAACUCUUCAAAAUAUCUCUUUCACAGCGCUAUUUUCUCAGUAAAAGUAACAGCAGUUUAUUCAGUCAAAUAUCGAAGUUACUUCACGAUAAUUUACCAUCAAAAUUAAAAGGAAAUGAAGCACCCAGCAAUGUUAUUGAUGGUCAUACCCUUAAAAAAUUAUGGGAAUGCAUUACAACAGAUGACUAUUUCAUUAUCUAUCAGAAUGAAAUUGUUCAGGAGUGGGCCUUGUUACCAGCUAGGAAUAAUAAACUCUACAGUUAUGCAUCUGGUGUAUUGCCAAUUGUUGAACCUGACAUAAUGCACGUAUUGCACAAUGCUUUUAAUGUUUUAAAGGAUUUGAAUGUCCCUAUACUUGUAUCUGAAGGAUAUCCUCAAGCAAUAUUUAAUUAUUGUCCUAGCAUGACACAAUACAAUAGUAUUUUGGAUGUCAUCUUUCAUGUAUGCAGACAAAAUGAGCAUUGCUUUACCCAAAAAGUUACAACGCUAAAUGACUCACAAAUUCAGGUUAUAAUGUCAUACUUCAACAAAACAUCAUUUCAUAAUAACACAAAGAUUUUAGACAAGAUCCUAUGCCUCCCUUUGUUCAAAAGUAUUAAUGGAACAGUCACAAAGUUAGUUGAAAAACGUGUUUGUCUUUGGCCUGAUGACCCUCAAUUCCCACUAGAAGCACAUGAUAAGUGGGCACCUAUUGACAGAAUUGUCUUCUUAGAAAGAGAUGGAUCUUGGAAAUGGUUAUGUCAAAAUAAUUUUUCUAUUCUUGGUCAGGAGUUGUCACCUACUGAAGUGUAUUGUGACAUAAUUUUUCCAGUAUUUGACAGACUAAAUUUUGAUGAACGAAUGUGUCACAUGGAAUACAUUAGGAAGAGUCUCUUUCCUAAUUUAAAACAUGCUUUACAAAUGACAGGGAAACAGAGUGAACAAGCUAAAAAGUUUGUUAACUGUGCAAGGAAUUUGCCAUUCUUAGUUUCUCAUUCAAAUGAUGACAAACUUUAUCCUGUUAAUCAUUUUGUUGAUCAUACCAUGGAGAUAUUCAAUUCAUUCUCUGACAGGUUUAAUUUUCUUGCUGAAGAAUAUAGAAAAGAAGAAUGGCUUGAUUUCUUGAGGUUUAUUGGUCUUCGUACUAAGGUAGCACCAGAGGAAUUUGUAAAAUUUUGUGAUGAAGUGUCAAAAAGUCAUUGCAAAGAUACCUCUACUGUACUUGUGGAAUACCUUUUCUCAACUAAAGCCACGGCUAUCCAUAAGUCACCAGCACUCUUGUCUAAAAUUUGUGAAAUUCCUUUUGUUUGUACUGCUGAUUUGAGUCCAUUAUCAUGGAUUGCUCCACCUUACAGUGCAGGUUUUACUUGUUUAAAUGAAGCUGUUGGAUAUGAAGAUGCUCCACUUCUGUGGACUGUUAGACCAGUUAUAAAAUUGCCAAAAUACUCUAUAACUGUGCUUAAAAACAGAAAAGGGAAAAUUGUAAUGGAGCCAUCUGUCACAGAUGUUUUUGAAAACAUAAUUAAUAUUUCAAAAUCAGAUUUGGCUGACUUUAACUUAAUGUCAACAUAUAAACUACCAUCUGUAUCA